AAUUUAAAAAAAAAAAAAAACUUCCCACUCCCACAUACUCUCUUCUCCUCUCAUUCUAUUUGAAAAACAAAAAUAAAAAAUUUUCUCACACACUUUAUGUGUGUCCGUAUCCUAGUAUAUAUAGAAAGAACCUCCAAAAGUAACAAAACUCUUACCUUAAUAAACAAUGUGAUUCGAAUAAUACACCUCCAGUAUAUAUGCCGCCCCAUCUGUUCUUUUGGUUAGAAAGAGAAUAUUAGGAAUAAAAAAGUUAGCAAUAAACUACCGAAAACGAAAAGAGUAAGUCAUUGCCUGAAAGAGAGAGUCGGUUCCUUGCACACACUACAAUGACAUCAUGCGCUAAUUAAAUAAAAAAUUACGUAAGUUUUUUGUUCACGUAUCUUUGUUUUAUUUGCACAACUUAACUAAAAUAGCAUACUCAAAUUUUAUUCCGGUAAUGACGAAACUUGUGGGCAAGUAAGUGAGAGAGAAAGGCUAAAAGCUCCCAACUUUCCACCUAGACCCACUUUUUGCUAACUCCCAAAUUCCCAAUUCAAAUCGGGUCAUUCAAAAGUCAAACUCUUUCAGUGUGCCAUGUGUGUGUGAGGAGAGAAUGGUGGCCGAGGAGACUAUUAGUUGGAAUAGGAACGUUGAACCUUAGAGAGAGAGAGUUGUAGAGAGAGGGAUUCGGAUUCUUUCUCCUUCUAUUUUUUCGUUCGUCUAGCCUUUUUUUAUUUAAAAAUUUGUCAUUAAGUCAUGUCAGUUGAUUCUUUUAUAGUCUCUUAUUCAAAUGUUCGUGCCGACGUCUGUUGAUUUUUUUUUUUAUAAAAAAAGAAAGACAAAAUAAAAAACGAAAAACAGUAAAUGAGAAGAGAUUUGAAGAGGAAAAAAUACGACUCGAGAAACUGAGAGAGAGAGAGAGAGCCCCAUUGGCUGGUGCUAUAUUUAUCCACCACAACGACCAAGGACUGAGAAAAUGAAGAGGAAACCAAGUUUUUUAAGUAAUUUUUUUUUCUCGUCCUUUCUUUGUAUCGGGAGAGACAUAUGAACCAACGGAGUUGGCGGUCCGUUUUUGCUUCUUUGCCCUGUAAACUGCAGCGUUUCUGCCUCCUGUCCUCCUAUUAUUUAUUUCCCUCUUUUUCUUGUGAUAUCCUUCCAUGGCUUAAAGAUUGCUCCUUUCUUUCCCUUUUCGAUUCCAAAUCGCACGUUUCCCAAAACCCAUUUCUUCAGUUCCCUAAAGGAUUCAUGGGUAGCGUAGGUUUGCAAGUUUUGAAUAGGAAAAGAGGAUUAUAGAGAGAGAUAGAGGGGGAGCUGUGAGUCACAGACAGGUGAGGUGAGUGGGAAGUUUUGAAGGUGUGGGCAGAAUGUGGAGGUGGUGCAGUGGUGUGUUGGUGAGACAUUUGGGGGUGGGGAAGCCCAACGGCGCCAACCCAUGUUUUGGAUUCAAGGGUUUUGCUAACCGGGAAUGUGGGUUGUUGAAUAUUCCUGCAACUUCGUCUCUGGCGCUGAUUCCGAGGAGAAGAAUGUCGUCUUCUAAUGAUUUCAGCAGCGGUGGGGGUGGCGGAGUAGGAGGAGGAGGAGGAGCAGAUCUGGGCAGAGGAGUAGGAGAGACGAUAUCGUCUUCGGAGGCCAAGAGGAUGAUGAGGCUGGUGAAUGUGGAGGCUUUGAAGGCAAAGCUUGGGACAGAAGGGAAAGAGGCAAUACCGUAUUCUGAUCUUCUGGAGGCGUGCCAGAGCAUUGGGGUUGCCAGAUCUCCGGAGGAGGCUGCGGCUUUUGCUCGGGUUCUCGACGAGGCCGGCGUCAUCAUCCUCUUCCGGGACAAGGUUCUCCUCCAUCCUAAUAGGGUUGUGGAGCUAGUUCGAAAAGCAGUACCCCUUUCUUUGACUCCAGAAGAUGACCCCUUGUGGGAGGAGUUAAAACAGCUGCAGAAGAAGAAGGAAGAAAUUGAUGUACUGGCACAUAAGCAUGUCCGGCGCGUUCUCUGGUUUGGCCUGGGGGUUGUCCUGGCACAGCUCGGGCUCUUUUUCAGGCUAACAUAUUGGGACUUCUCAUGGGACGUAGUGGAACCACUCGCGUACUUCACUACGACUUCUUACAUUGGCAUAGGCUAUGCCUACUUCUUGAUCACGUCAAGGGAUCCGACUUACCAAGAUCUGAUGAAGAGGCUCUUUAUCAGGAGGCAGAGGAAACUGAUCAAGCGUCAUAAUUUUGAUGUCGAAAAGUUCAAGGAGAUCCAGAGAAAAUGCGGCAUACCUCUACACGCCAGUGCCUCGCUUAAGAAUCGGGUAGGCCUGGAAAUAGAGCUCGACGACUCUUUACAUAGAGAUUAACACUUCCAAUUUUGUACUUUUGGCCGGGGUAGGGAAAAGGCCGGAGGUUAACUCAGACUCUUCUGUUUUGUUACAAUCUGGCCCCUCCUGGUUUUAUGUAGGUAGGGCCCAGAAAUAUUGAUUUUAACAUGUUGCUUCUUACCUACCUUCCAAUUUUUUUGGCACAAAUACUUGAUUUCAUGCAGAGCUGCUUUUAACUGAAGCAAA